AUGUGUGUGCAGCUCUUGCUGUGGUGCUUUGGCUGUCUCGCUGCCAGACUGCAGCGAUGGCGGCCUGGCGACGCGCCCCCGCCGCUCAAGGGAUGUCAGAUGCGUGCGGCUCGGGGCCAUGGAUGUCCAGCCAUCGUCCCUGGCUUUGGCGAUCUGUCCUGCCCCAGCUUGCCGGAAUCGCCCAGCGACGGCUUUUGCCAGCUCUCCUGUGCGUUCAAUCCUCAAGACCCGUACAACGUGUUUGUCAACGCGACCUGCCAGCCGGAUGGGACCUGGGCACUGGACAGCGACUGUCGACCAUACCUCGCCAACGUUUGCACUUAUUACGCGGACCCAAGUCAUCUCAACUGUAACAUGAACAAGCUUGAGCUCUCCUUUCCCCGCGGCACGCCGAGAGACUGGACCAAGCUCUAUCUGCGAGCAAACGAUCCCAUGCUCCUGGACUUGACGAGCAACAACCUGAUCACCACGGACACCCAGCUGACGUUCAACCUCAAUGGCUUGAAUCCCUUGACCAUCGAGAGCAAUCUCCUCAAUACACGGGUGGUUGAACUUUCGCUGCGCAACUUGCCAAGUGAUAGCAUCCCUGAUGUCAGGUCCACAUCCUUGAUACACCUCACCGUGGCCCCAAACAGCGGCACCCUGGAUCCAGAGAGGUUCCUCUAUACCAUACCCAAUGUGAAGAGUUUGACGAUAGAUGUGCGUGAUGCUAGCAUCUUGCCCCUGGACACUUCGCGCGGCAACUUGGCCAAUGUCGACUUUUUGGGCUUUUACACCCAGAACAUGACUGAAUACUUGGCCGCAGACUUUGCCUCGGUGUGGAGGCCCCAAGAAAUGGAUGCCUUCAUCACAUCAACCAACAGUGGGACUAUUAUUACCCGGGCAUUCUUGCCACAAAAACAAAGUCUUCAUUAUUUUCGGGCCGCUGUCAACGGCCCGGUCUACGUGGACCUAGAAGCCCUGCCUCGUGCCAUUAAUCACACCCGGCUGAGGGAGAUCAGCUUUGAGCUUUCCAAGGCAGCCUUUCGGGAACGCAUUGUUUUAUUGACCAACUCUGGCACCAACUGCACCAUCACCUACGAGAGUGCUAUCCGCACCGAUCCUUACAUCUCGUGCCAUUGUGGUGGCACGCCCCAGUUCCACGACGUACCCCACUGUCCUUACGUCCCGCCCUUCUCGUGUCCCACAGCGGGUGAUCGGACAAUCUUGGCGACUCAAAUCUGUGACGGGGUGCCGGAUUGCAUCAAUGGCGCCGACGAAGCCGAAUGCUUUGCUGUUGUCAACUUUAUCCUACCAGAUGCCGCCACUCAGCAAAUCCCCCCAGCCUGCACCAGUCUGAGCGUCACUGUGAAUGCUGGGCGGUUGACCUCAAACUACAUCAGCGGGUGCGGUACCUACCGCGGCAUGAUUCGCGGGCGCGAUAUGAUUGAAAUGAACGGUCUCGGCAAUACCAUUCAAAUUCUGGCCAACGAAACCUCAGGCUGGUGCUUGUACCGAAUUCGUGUCGCAUACACCUUUCGGACUGAAGCCGUUGGGGACACAAUUGAUGUGACAGGCGUGGCUUAUCUUUCCGAGGGCAGCGUGGCCUUUCUCAAUAUUACCAAUCCUGGUGAUGAGUCGCGUCCAAGCAUGCCAUCCGCUGACGAAUUCAGCGCCCGUUGGGCUGCUGCGGUGCGCGAGUUUGAGGCAACAACGACAUUGCCCACCACAAUCCCCCCACUGACGACCAACGCUGUAAACAGCGUCACUCACAGCUCUGCCGAUGGCGUGGCUAUUAUCGUGGUCGCCGCGGUGGCGGGCGCGCUUGUGCUCGUAUUUCUCUUGGUUAUCCUUGUGUGUCGCCACCGCCGACGCACCGGCUUGGUCAUGAGUGCAGAUAAGCUGCGUGCUCAGUGGGAUAUGCUGCUCACCAGCCUGCCCCAUUCUGAUAUGCGCAAUGCGCUGUUCCUCAUUCAUUUGUACGUUUGCGCAUGCCCCACCUUCAAACCAAGCUUGCAAGCCGCCAAUGUGUUCACUCUAGACUGUAGCUUACACAUCCCGUGUCGACAUCAUACCUUUGUGUGGAUGCCUUCUAGGCGCGAUGUCCAGUUGGGCGAAGAGCUAGGAAGCGGUAACUUUGGGCGCGUUUUACACGGACUCUGGUCUCAAGACAAGGGCAGUGCCAUACCAGUUGCCAUCAAAUUUAUCACGACCGCGGAUGGGAUGGAUUGGCGUUCGCAACUGCUCAAAGAGGCCGUGGCAAUGAAUACGAUUGGGCAGCAUCCGCACGUCAUUCAGCUCCAUGGCUUGCUCAUGACACCGUUUGAGGAUGAAACCGUGGCAUUUGUCAUGGAGUUUGCUGCACACGGCGAUCUGAGAUCUUACUUGCAGCGAGAGGACGUGGAAUUUGGAGUAGCCCAUACUUUGCAAGCGGCGCACCAGGUGGCGCUUGCACUGGGAUUCAUCAGCAAACAAGGCCUAGUUCACCGCGAUGUGGCGGCUCGUAAUGUGCUCGUAUUUGAGGACCAACCAACCAUGCUGGUCAAGCUGACAGAUUUUGGCUUGGCCCGCGUUCUGUCACAGCAUCAGGAGUAUUAUCGUAGCGCUCAAGACGACAGUCUGCCGUUCCGGUGGAUGGCCCCGGAGGCAAUAACACAGCGUCGUUUCUCGGAAAAAUCAGAUGUCUGGAGUUUUGGCGUGUUGCUCUUUGAGCUCACAACCCGAGGUCGCGCGCCUUAUGGGAAUCAAAGCAACCCCGUGGUCCUGCAAAACAUCGCACGAGGUUAUGUGCUGAGAUCUGGGUCUUUGAACCAGAGCAACGGCCAAGCUUUGAACAGAUUGUCGAGCACCUGGGAGGAAAGAAUGGCUGCGACCACGAUUCGAUUCGCCAAGAUGCACGGAUUGGGUAACGACUUUGUGGUGGUGGACAGCGUGCGGCAGUCGUUGCCACCAUUGGGAUCCAGCUGGUUGCUCGUGAUCGAGCCGCCACCAGCCUCGGGGCCUGAGCUUCAGAUUGAUUUUGUGUAUCGCAUCUUCAACGCGGACGGCAGUGAGGUGGGCCAGUGCGGCAAUGGCGCUCGGUGUCUGGCUGCAUACGUCUAUCGGUAUCAUCUGGCACAGGCGGGCGCACAGCUACGCGUGCGCACGCGCAACAGUGAACUGACCAUGCAUGGAACGCCCGAUGGCGCAAUCACCGUGAAUAUGGGUUGUCCCAAAUUUGAUCCUGCGCAAGUGCCACUCCUAGCGCCCGCACGCGCCGAUGUGUACCACCUGGCGCUCGAGUCUGGUGCUACGAUCUGCUGCGGUGCCGUGAGCAUGGGGAAUCCCCACCUGGUAACGCUUGUGGACGACGUUGGUACGGCACCUGUGCUGGAGCUGGGCCCUCAGCUCGAAUCCCAUGCGCGCUGCCCUGAACGGGCCAAUGUGGGGUUUAUGCAAAUAGUUGAUGCCCACUCAGUGCGGCUACGUGUUUUUGAGCGUGGCGCGGGUGAGACACGGGCAUGUGGCAGCGGUGCUUGCGCUGCGGUGGCCGUGGGCAUUGUCCAAGAUCGGCUUUUGUCGCCGGUCACGGUAUCCUUGCCUGGCGGUGUACUGGAGAUUGCUUGGGCCGGUUUCGACGCGCCGCUCUACAUGACGGGACCGGCCGCUCAUGUUUUCGAGGGUCUUUUGCCAUGGCCUGCUAACCCCUGA